AUGGCGCCUCUGGUGCGCUCUGUGGAGGAAACCCCAGAUCCGAUCCCCACCACCAUCAGGGGAACUAUUCCAAGCUGGAUCAAUGGGAGUUUUCUGAGGAACGGUCCUGGGAAGUUUGAAUUUGGGAAAGACAGAUACACCCACUGGUUUGACGGCAUGGCUUUGAUGCACCGGUUCCACAUCUGUGAGGGCACUGUCACCUACAGCAGCCGCUUCCUGCGAAGUGACUCAUACGUCCUCAACUCGGAGAAGAACCGCAUCGUGGUGUCAGAGUUCGGGACAUUAGCCAUGCCUGAUCCCUGCAAGAACAUCUUUGCUCGCUUCUUUUCACGCUUUCAGAUUCCUAGUAUGUCAGAGGCCACAGAUAACGCCAGUGUGAACUUCGUCAAGUAUAAGGGAGACUACUAUGUCAGCACGGAAACCAACUACAUGAGGCGGGUGGAUCCACAGAGCCUGGAGACGAAGGAGAAGGUGGACUGGAGUAAAUACAUUGCUGUCAACUCAGCGACAGCUCACCCACACUAUGACUGUGCGGGGGCCACGUACAACAUGGGCAACUCCUACGGCAGAAGCGGUUUCUUCUACAACAUCAUCCGUGUGCCUCCUCCUGACGAGAAGGCAGCGACGGACUCUGCAGACCUGAGUGGAUCUGAGGUGAUCUGCUCCAUCCGUGCAGCUGACGCCAGGAAGCCUUCCUAUUUUCACAGCUUUGUCAUGUCAGAGAACUACAUUGUGUUCAUUGAGCAGCCGAUCAAGCUGGACCUGCUGAAGUUCAUGCUAUACAGGAUCCAGGGGAAGAGCUUUCAUAAAAUCAUGACCUGGGACCCUCACUCUGACACCAUCUUCCACUUGGUCAACAGGCACACUGGCAAGGUGAGUGACGUGAAGUACUGUGCAGCACCCAUGUUCACGCUGCAUCAGAUCAAUGCAUUUGAAGACAACGGGUUCUUGGUUAUGGACAUGUGCUGUGGGGACGAUGGUGACGUCAUUGGAGACUUCACGCUGGAGAACCUCCGCAGAGGCUCCGGAGAGGAGAUGGACAAGUUUUACAACGCGAUGUGCAGAAACCUCCCAAGGAGAUACGUCUUACCCCUGACUGUGGACGAACAAACUCCUUUGGACCAAAACCUUGUCACGCUGCAUAACUAUAAAGCCACGGCAGAGACGAGAAAACCAGGAGAGGUCUACAUGACCCACGAGGAACUCCACGACGACGAGCUGCUGAAGUACGGUGGCCUUGAGUUCCCACAGAUCAACUACGACGAGUACAAUGGCCGACCUUACCGCUACUUCUACUCCUGCGGCUUUGGACACGUCUUCAGUGACUCCCUGCUCAAGAUGGAUGUCCACACCAAGGAGCUUAAGGUGUGGCGUUAUCCCGGCUUGUACCCGUCUGAGCCUGUCUUUGUUGCUUCGCCCAGAGCAACUGAGGAAGAUGACGGAGUGGUCCUGUCAGUCAUCAUCACACCCAGAGAAGAACGAAGUACUUUCCUACUUGUUCUGGAUGCCAAGACCUUCACUGAGCUGGGCAGAGCUGAGGUCCCUGUCAAUAUCCCGUACGGGACCCACGGCGUGUUUAACAACAUGGGCUAGCUGUGCCAGUGUUAGCAGCUCUGUGGCAAAUUGCAGGAAUUGAACCAGCGACUGGCCACUAUGUCCACAGAAGAUAAUAUCUCUGUCGAUGUCAUUGCCUGUACAAUUCCUGAGCUGUAAAAGAAAGAAGAAAAGAAAAAAACUGCAGACUCACGCUAUUUGUUUGUGCCCCCUUGAUAGGAAUAGGUGCAUGUCCUCACUCUGUGCUGCCAUUACAGUCAGAAAGAUGGCAAUCUUUUGGAGACUAACAAGACAGAAAGCCCAGCAGGGUAUCAGCACACUGAUUGAGUUUGUACUCUGUGUCUUCUUAUGUACUCUUGAAAGAUUAUGUUUGAAGCAGCUUUUAGACAAUGGCCAGAGCACCACCACGCAGAUGAUGCUUUCUUGGAGCAGCUAAUAAUUUAUG